CACAAACUGUGAUUUGUACCCGCGCACACUGUCACCUCAUUGUGUCUGGAGCAUCAUAACCUGAGCGCAGGUGUCACAUUACUUCACCCCGUAGCUGAAACAGUCAGUCGUCCUGCUGCAGGUGCACCAAGAUGGGAGAUGAAACUGGAUUGCAAGUAUUCCUGUGAAAUGCUAAAUCAGGGCCUGUACCUGAGGAAUGCGGUUAAUGCAAUGUUGACCUUGUGAAGAUGACAGCAGGCAAACCUCUCUCGAACGCUGAAAUGACACGAACGUGUUUCAUCUUCCUGUUGAUGAGUAAUGCCGUUUCAGUGUCCACGCAGUUUAAUGGGUACAACUGUGACGCCAGCUACCACAGCAGGUUUCCUGGCGAGCGCGACAUCAGUGUGUACUGCGGGGUUCAGACCAUCACCUUGAAGAUCAACUUCUGCCCCGUGCUCUUCUCCGGCUACACCAAUGCAGAUUUGGCCCUGAACGGUCACCACAGUGACCCCCAGUGCCGUGGCUUCAUCAACAACAACACCUUCCCCACUGCGGUCCUGUUCAGCAUCAGUCUCAGCACGCUGGAGGCCUGCGGUAACAGCCUGGUGGUCAGCACAGCCUACGGAGCCAAUGCCUAUGGGAACAUGUCUCUGGUACAAAUUGGGAACGUCUCAGGCUAUAUCGACACCCCUGACCCACCAACAAUAAUCAGCUACCUGCCUGGCUUAUUGUAUAAAUUCAGCUGCAGUUACCCACUGGAGUACCUGGUCAAUAACUCACAGCUGGCAUCUUCCUCUGCUGCAGUGUCUGUCAAGGACGGCAAUGGUACAUUUGUGAGCACAUUGAAUAUGAUCCUGUACAACGAUUCAACAUACAAUCAACCUCUUUCUAUUCCAAUGGCUGGACUCGCUCUGAAAACCAGAGUAUUUGCUGCUGUGAAAGCCACAAACUUAGACAAACGGUGGAACAUCUUGAUGGACUACUGUUACACAACCCCCUCAGGGAAUCCUAAUGAUGAACUCCGCUAUGACCUUUUCUUUGGCUGCUACAAAGACCCGCAGACAACAGUUUUCGAGAAUGGGAAGAGUCAGAUGGGACGUUUUUCCUUCGAGGUUUUCCGUUUUGUUAAACACAGACACCAGAAGAUGUCAACAGUGUUUUUGCACUGUGUCACCAAGCUUUGCCGGGCAGACGACUGCAUCAUGCUCAUUCCAAUUUGUGGGCGACGUCGCAGGCGGGAUGAAGGGCAGAGUCUUGAUUCCCCGCCGGCAGCAUCUGGGAAUGCCAUCAUCACUGCAGGACCAAUCAUCACCAGGAGCGAUGAAACUCCUGUCAACAACUCCCAACUUGCAUCUGCUGACCCCUCCCAGCCAAUGAACCCGGUGACCAGUGCUCUGAUCUCAGGUGUGGUCAUCCUGGGUGGGGUCAGUGUCAGCUUCUUCCUGGUGUCUCUCCGCCUCCUGCACAAGUCCCGCCUCCCAACAACCACAUCCUCAGGUGUCUGGAACCCCAGCUUUAAAUGAAUAGGCCUAAACAUCUGCAUAUAAUGACAACUUGGUACUAUGUGCAGAACGAUAAUGUACAUGCGCAUGCACGCUUUCCUUUGUACACAUGUUAUUAAAUGUGUAUAUUGUACUGUAUUAAGGCUUGUGUAUUUAUUACCUUCAAUACCUCAUUCUUGUUA